CGUAGAGGAGGCGGGGCAAAAGGAGGAAGUGCCUUUCCCGAGAAGCUGAGCGCCUUUUCUUUUUUCCCCCCAGAGUCUUGGUGGAGAGUUGGUUUCGUCGUCGCCAGGAGACCAUGUUUCGCAUUGAGGGAUUGGGGCCCAAGCUGGACCCGGAGGAGCUGAAGCGGAAGAUGCGCGAGGACGUUCUCUCUUCGGUCCGCACGUUCCUCCUCUACGUGGCCGUGCUGCGCCUCACUCCAUACAUUUUAAAGAAGCUGGACAGCAUAUGAGAAGACCUUAAAGGAUGGCCUGUGUGGGAAACCUGGGUGGACUGUGUUUGCGUUUCUCUGGAACAGGCUGCAAAGAAGAGGCUUCAUAUCCUGACAGAACAGAGCCAGACAUUUCUUGGGAAGUUAUAGAAGAGAAGGAGUAUCAAUAACUUCACCUUCCUAUUCUUUCCACGUCUUACAGUGCUGUAUCUUUUUCUUCGUACCAAUGCAGUCUCAUUCAAAGAUUAAAAUGAACCUCAGUUUGUUAAAACUGCUAACUUUAAACAAAGUGCUUUGGAAUCAAACUAUCUGUGAUGUGUUACAGUGAUGUCAUCAGAACUGCCCCAUUGGGAUAGUUCUGCUAUGUGAAGCCUUUGUGGUUAAUCUUGAAUGGUUUAAAUAAAAUGGAGUGUACAUCUAAA